GCCCGAGGGCCGGCGGUGGGCGGCAGUGUUCACCCGGGCACGGUCGGAAGCGCUGCCCCGGUGCUGCAAACAGUGACCUGUGACAGUGCGGGCGUGGGCCGUCGUAGUGGAGUGGUGAUACGCGGCGCGGUACAGACGGUAGUCGAUGGGGGCCGAUCCGGCCAUGGGCGCGGAAGAGGGUGAUGAUCUGGGUGAUGAGAGCUAUAUCGAGGUUGAGCAGGUGGUUGUUACCGAGGUGACCACAGAAACCUGGUCCGAAAUAGACACGGCACAGUUACAGCUAACCGGCAGGGACGCCAUCCCUGAGGAGGACAGCUCACCCGUGGAUGUCGCCGACGGGUUCACUGACCUCCCUCUCACGGAGAAUGGAGCCAGCGGGGGCGCCGGAGGCGGCGGCGGCGAAGCCGGCGACGACGGACAAAAACGUGAAAGAUGGGGCAACCGAGUGGAGUUCCUGCUGUCCUGCAUCGCCAUGUCGGUGGGACUGGGCAACGUGUGGAGAUUUCCGUUCACCGCCUACGAGAACGGCGGCGGCGCCUUCCUGAUACCCUACAUCAUAGUGUUGUUAUCUAUUGGUAAACCGUUGUACUACAUGGAGUUGGCCAUGGGACAGUUCUCGUCUCACGGCAGUGUUCGAGUCUGGAGUGUGGUUCCGGCCUUCAGAGGUGUGGGGUACGGUCAGAUGAUCGCGACAUCGGCGGUCGUCUCCUACUACGUGGCGCUGAUGGCGCUCACCGUGUUCUACUUUUUCGCCUCGUUCUCGUCGGUAUUGCCGUGGAUGGUGUGCGACCCGAGCUGGGCCGACCUGACGCGCUGUGUCGACCCCACCACCAACCUGUCCCAGCUCACCAGCAACGACACCAUGGGAUCCACCGAAAUGUACUUCCAGUUCAACGUUCUGAAGGAGGUGCCAAACAUCGACAACGGCAUCGGCGCGCCCGACUGGCGUCUCACCCUGUGUCUACUGCUGUCUUGGGUCAUCCUGUUUCUGACGCUGGUCAAAGGCGUCCAGAGCUCCGGCAAAGUCGCCUACUUCACAGCCAUCUUCCCGUACGUGGUACUGUUUACCCUACUGAUCAGAGGAGUGACGCUACCGGGCGCUUACGACGGCAUCAUCUUCUACCUGAAACCUACCUGGAGCGAACUACUCAACCCAAAGGUAUGGUACGCCGCCGUCACUCAGUCGUUUUUCUCGCUGUCUGUGGGCUUUGGUUCGCUGAUCAUGUACUCCAGCUACAACGACUUCGAAGACCCCGUCGCCAGAGACGCAGCCAUCAUCAGCGUGGCCGACAUGUUGACCUCGCUGCUGGCCGGGUUCGUCAUAUUCGGCAUCCUGGGUAACCUGGCUCACGAGCUGGACACCACGGUGGACCAGGUCAUCAAGGGCGGCGGCACGUCGCUGGCCUUUGUCUCGUACCCGCAGGCGCUGGCCAACUUCCCCGGGGUGCCGCAGCUGUUUGCCGUCCUGUUCUUCCUCAUGUUGUUCACGCUGGGUGUGGGCUCGGCCACCGCCCUUACCGGCUGCGUCAUCACCAUCAUCCGGGAGGACUUUCCGCGCAUCCAGCAAUGGCAGGCGGCCGGCAUCGUCUCCGUCCUCGGCUUCCUCCUGGGACUCAUCUACGUCACACCGGGCGGUCAGUUCAUUCUGAACCUGGUAGACCACUUUGGUGGAGGUUUCAUCAUCUUUAUCCUGGCCACGCUCGAGGUGGUCGCUAUCCAGUGGGUUUACGGCAUCAAAAACUUUAGCGACGACCUGGAGUUUAUGAUCGGCACGCGGCCCAACUACUACUGGAAGUUCUGUUGGGCAGUGUUCAUCCCGCUGGCUCUCAUGGCCAUCUUCAUCUACGCCGUGGUCACCAUGAAGCCGCUGACGUACGGCAAGAUCGGAUACCCAAACAGCGCAAUGAUCUGCGGUUGGGUUCUGAUCACCGUCGCCCUUCUUACGGUACCCGUAUGUUUCGUGUAUGAAGUCUACAACGCCAAAGGAAGGACGCUUCUGGAGCGCGUACGGUCGACGUUCCAGCCGGCGGCCGACUGGGGCCCGGCGGAAAACGAGCAACGCAAAGAGUGGCUGCAGGCCACCGGCCGAAAGGACCCACUGGCCGGCCGGGAGUCGCACCGGCGGCCGCGGCCGCCGCUCCAGCCGCGCCGCCCCAGUUACCGGCGCACGGUAUCGGGCGAGGGCCGCGCCGCGUACCGCCGCACCGUCUCCGGCGGGCACACGUUCCAGCGCACCAUGUCAUCGACGGGCCGCACCUACAGGCGUACCGUGUCGCACGCGCCGCCGUCCCUGGAGCAGCGACAGCAGCGCCGCCACACGGAGCUGGCCAGAAGGCACAGUGCGCCGCGUCCGCCGACAGACGGCGCCAGCCGCGACACCAGUGUGUGAUGUCGGCGAUCAUGGGACGCGUACUUUGUGAGACACGAACUUGGCGAGAUGAGAAAACCGCGAUAGGGGUGUCUCAUGAAAUGAUGAGAGUGUUGGGGUCGAUUUUUCUCAGAAUAUUUCAUGUGUAGAUUUGAUGCGACGAAGUGUCCAAUAGACCAGCUUGUUACUGAUUAUACGAGGCCCGAUAGAUUUCAGCGGAAUAGCCGGGCUCUGAAUAUGUAGUGUUCUAGCCUAGGACUACAACGCGUAACGAUGUAUGUUAUUGUUGAGCGUGCGAUCGUGCCCUCAAACUCCUAACAGAUCACGUGAGCAAUAACGCAUUCCUGCAUGUGCACGGGUGAUGUGCAGAACUGCCUCUCAAAUCGAGAUAUGUUCACUGAACGGUAGAGAAGUGAAGAAAUUCGACGACCCGUGUCGAGUGCGGACUCAGGCGAGCCGUUUUGUCGUCGCUCAAUGUGCACUCGAGCGUUUGUCACAGCCGGGACUGUGGAACAGAUUGAAGAUUCUCGGGUGCGCGAGUUUUUCAUACCGGAUAGCGCGUCUGUGAGCUGCGUGAGUGAGAGCGAGCAAUCAUGUCGAAAGUAGACACUCUCGAUCGAAUUUAACCUCUAAACAAACGCAUGUGUCAAGACGUUACUCUGUGAUGUCUGUGGGGUAUUUUUAAGUAAAUGCAAUAAAUGACUAAAAAUUUAA